AUGCAGAAGACGCGGCUUGCCCUCUUGCUGUGUGUGCUGGCGUGUCCAGCACCAGCUGCGCUCGUAGCGGCCCAGCAGUCGUGCGCCGCGCUCGGCGCGUUCAACUUCUACCCCGAUGGGACCAUCAACCAGCCUGAGGCCUGGACGCUGGCAAACCAGGGUGCCGCAGGCAACGCCGACCGCGGGGCAUUGUUUCCCAUCGCCCUGCUGGGCACGCCGCAGCCAGCGCUGAACUUCCUGCCCUCCCACCCGCUGCUGACCGCCGCCGGAGCCGCCGCGCCGCCCGCGGCAUGCGCCACGAUUGCGACGGCGCCGUCGCGACGACUGGCGGCGGCCGCGCCGGCGGGGGCGAUCGCGGGCACCUUCUCCUGGAGCGUGGCGCUUGAUGGCGCCUUGUCAGCAUCCGGCUCGGCCGUGACGCUGGCGGCAGCGACUGCGACGCCGCCGUCCUGGACAGCCAAUGUUUGGGGCCUUGCCGAUGGCAAGCACGAGUUGAACAUCACAGUCACCGUACUUGCCGGGUCCGCGAUCACCGCUGACGGCGUCAGGGCGCCCGCUACCGACGUCAUCUUCAGCCAGAGUGUGGUUUUCUAUAAGCUGGUGCAGCGCCCCACGCUCGCCCUCAAGCCGCUUACCUGCUCCCUUGAUCUGACCCUCGAGGCGACUGACAUGUGGCCCGAGCCGGUGGCGGCCCCGGGCGGCGCGGGCGCACUCUGGAAGCCGGUGUACCACGUGUGGGGCAAGUUUGUGGCGGGACUGGACGGGCAGCCAUACACAGGCGAGGACGCUGCUUCUGAAGCCGCGCAGCGCCACUACUUUGACCUGGUUUUUGUGGAGGGCUCCCUCACCAGCGACUUCCCCUCCCUGCUGUCCCUGGCCGGCAACGACACGUUCAACCAGCAGGACACAGACCCAUCCUGGACGUAUGUCCUGCCCGGCGGCGCCCUGAACAGCGACGGGGCCUCCCUUAGGGGCGCCCCCAAGUUUGCGGGGGCGCUGGCCUGGAACGGCACCCUGGUCGGUGUGCAGUCCAGCAACACGACGCUGCUCGGCUUCAACGGGCCGGACUCAAUCCAGCUGAACGAGUACGCAGCCGUCACGUGGCAGUACCAAGGCCUGGGUAACGCCACCUGCGCCAUCGACGGCGCGCGCGUCGCGACAGACCCCUCGACGGGCCUGUGCUCGUCCCCCCUGCUCCGCCUCGUGAACGACACGCUGCUGCACACGCUGGUCGUCACGUUCCGCGACGCGUGCGGCGCGGUGCGCAGCGACUACAUGAACUUCUCGGUCCCGGGCGGCUGGGUGACCAACGCGACCGCGGACGGGCUGCCGGUGACGGAUUUCUACGACGCCGCCGCGGGCACCCCCCUGCGCAACAGCAGCAAGCUGUCGACGGGCCGGAACGGCGCGGCGGGCGCCGCGGCGCGGGGCCUGCUGGUUUGGGCAGGCGCCGCCCUGGCGGUGGCCGUUGCGGCUGUACUGUGA